AAGCAGUUUUCCUUAUGAUAUAUAAGGAUGCCGAACGCUGAAUAGAGCUCGGCUAGAUUCGGACAUGGAGCUCGCACGGAACCUUCUGGUGCUGGUGCUACUUUUGGAACUCCGAGUGUCUAAGAAUGUUAUCACAUCAAUGCAAGCUGCUAGUCCAGAUGCUAGCUACGUUGCAACUGAUAAUGCAAGUAACGAUGAACGUCCGGAUGUACGUAAUAGUGCAAGUCAAGAUACACGCAAAAAUGCAGAUCAAGAUACAAGUGAUGAUGCACAUCAACAUGUGAAUCAAGAUCAGUGUGUGCCGUGCAAAUGUCAUUUCCAUGGAGAGAGAGUAAUAGCUGAUUGUCGGAAAAGGCGACUUGACAAAGUCCCAUCACAUCUACUAUCCAACAUAACUGAUCUCAAUCUUUCAGGAAACUACAUAGGUUGCUUGGAAAAUGGAUCUCUCAGUUAUGCACAUCUUACCAGAUUGAAUGUGUCUUCCAAUGGUCUCAAUGAUAUUGAACUUGGCGCGUUUCAAGAGCUAAGAAAACUUGAAGUUUUGGAUCUCACUCACAAUCAUUUAUCUCCAGCAAAGGUCUAUCGAGACGGGUUAUUCAAACAUCAGGCCAAACUUAAAGUACUCUACAUUAACCAAAAUGUUGAAUCUCGUCCUUAUGACGAAAGCUUAAACCGAACAGCGGAAAGCCGACCAUUGACAGACAGCUUAAAUUCUAGUUUCAUUGAGAAAUACAUUUACCAUAUGCAUUCUGGAAACCACUUUGGACGAGAUGCUUACCCGGGCUGUGCAUUCAAAUCCUUAAUCUCCUUACAGGAUCUGCGCAUUGAUGGACCGAAAGAAUUAUACUUUGGAAAGGGAUUCACAUUGAAGCAGCUCCAGUCAUUAUCACUAGGGGGAGGGUUAAGGACAUGUUACACACGUUACUUGAGGAAUGACACAUUUGAGGAUGUGCCUCACUUACAGACUCUAGAUGUUUCCUUGUCCAUAACAGGAAUAGGGUACAGGUUUAGAUGGAAAUUGAGGUAUCUUUACUAUCUGGUACGAAUAAAACACCGGGGUUAUCUGGCUGCGGAGGAGGAAGAAGAUGGUGGACCUCAGUUUGAGUUUGAUGCUUUCAUCUCCUAUGCUGACGAGGACCGAGGAUUUGUUGUGGAGGACAUGAGGCGGAUAUUGGAAGGACAGCAUGAACUUCGACUCUGUAUCCACCAUCGAGACUUUCUUGUGGGGGAAGCUAUUGCUGCAAACAUCCUGCACGCCAUCAGAUCAAGCAGGAGGACAGUGAUAAUUCUGUCAAGGAACUUCCUGAAGAGCUACUGGUGUAAGUACGAAGUGGAGAUGGCUAAGAUGGAGAGUAUCUACACUGGACGGAACACACUGCUGGUGGUAAUCCUGGAGAAGAUCCCCGUGAAGAAUCUGCCCCCUAACAUUGUAGAAUUAAUGCGUCAAGACUCCUACUUGGAGUACACGGAUGAUCGGGAAGGUCAGGAGGUGUUCUGGGAAAGUCUUCAACGUGCUGUACAGACUGCCUAG